GAAAAAAAGAAGCCAGAAGGACUCUUUCUCCUUUUGUUGGAGGAAAGAACUCAAGAAAGAAAUCAAAAGAGGAAGUGUGUACACUCCUGGAUAAGGGAAGAAGAAAGGUGCUCGAAUCCCCUCCUCAUACUUCAAUUCCCUAUCAAAAUCAAAGAGAAAAGAAAUGAAGAGCGCUGCCAAAAAGCAAGGAGAGCAUUCUUGGCCGAAGAGCGUGUUCAAGAAAUGGCUCAACAUUAAUAAUGACGAGUCUGAUUAUAGUGCUGAUGAGAGCGACAAUGAGAGCGAUGUUGAUGAAGAAGAAGAUUUGGAGAGCGAGUUGCGUGAUGAGGAAAGGAGAGGGAUCAGAGAUCAGGCUGGGACAAGUGGGGUGUGUGUGUAUAAGUGUAACCAGAUAGAGAACAACCCAUGUAAACUACGACGAAGAAACUCAGAGACUCUUCGUGCACAGUACAUAAACACCAAAGAACUCAGGGUUUUUGUGGGGACUUGGAAUGUCGGAGGAAAACUUCCUUCUGAUGACCUUGAUAUUGAGGAAUGGCUUGACAUGGAGGAGCCUGCUGAUAUCUAUGUUCUUGGCCUUCAGGAGAUUGUUCCUCUAAACGCAGGAAACAUUUUUGGCGCUGAAGACAACCGUCCGGUUCCCAGUUGGGAAUCUCUCAUUCGAGACUCACUAAACAAACUUCGACCACAAAAACCCAAAUACAAAAGCUACAGCGAUCCUCCAUCUCCAUCGAGAUUCAAGGCAUCAGAACACGCCGGUGCCACUGUAGAAGAAUUAUUACCAGAAUCCGACACUGACACCGAGGAAGAAGAACAAGAAAUCCAUCCAUUAAAUGAAGAAGAAUCAUUGACUUUUACUCCUGCUAGAAAAUUAGAACGCUUGCGUCAUUUCACUUCAGUAUACUACGAACCAAAUCCAGAAAUGGGUACAACUUUACAGAAGAAGUUAACAAAAACACUUAGUAGUUCCGAAAGGAUUGGAUUGGUUUGGCCUGAACAGUCGUUGGAUUUGCUGGCGAAAUGUGGGGUUGAUCAGACCAAAGAUUUGAAGUCAGUGAAGUCUUUUAGAGCUUGUAAGUCAUUUAAACAAGAUGUAUCGAUGAUUGGAUCGUUAUCGGAGUGUAAUUGGGAGGAUUUGGUGAAUAAGAAGAGAAGAUCGUCAUUUAUGAGGAUUGUGAGUAAACAGAUGGUUGGGAUUUUUCUUUCGGUAUGGGUGAGGCGAAAUUUGCACAAAUAUAUUCAGAAUUUGAAGGUUUCAACUGUUGGGGUUGGUAUUAUGGGAUAUAUUGGAAACAAGGGAUCAGUUUCAGUCAGUAUGUCAAUAUAUCAGACGCCCUUCUGUUUUAUAUGUACUCACCUAUCUUCAGGCGAGAAACAUGGCGAUGAGAUUAGAAGAAAUGCUGAUGUCCAAGAAAUUCAUCGUAGAACUCGAUUUAGUACAACUGGCAUGGGAUUGCCUCAAACAAUCCUUGAUCACGAAAGGAUAUUUUGGUUUGGAGAUCUUAAUUAUCGGAUAAACUUACCUUAUGAGAGAACACAUGAACUCAUAUCCAGGAAGAAAUGGUCUGAAUUAGUUGAGAGUGAUCAGUUAAAACGGGAGCUAAAGAAAGGACGAGCUUUUGAUGGGUGGUGUGAAGGAAUUAUAAAAUUUCCGCCAACUUAUAAAUAUGAGUUUAAUUCGGAGAAAUAUAUCAAAGAUGACCUAAAGGGUGGGAGGAGAACUCCUGCAUGGUGUGACAGAAUACUUACAUUUGGGACUGGUAUGAAGCUCUUGAGCUACAAAAGAAGUGAGUUGAAACUCUCAGAUCAUCGCCCUGUGACUGCCACAUUCAUGACUGAAGUUGAGGUGUUCUCCCAUAGAAAGCUUCAAAAGGCUCUAACUUUGACGGAUGCAGAGGUAGAAGAUGGAGAUAUUAUAUCAGAUAUCAACAUUGCUUCUGGAAUGGGCCGUCUAGGACUAGGAGAAGUAUGUUUCCUCUUUAGGGUUCAGCCAUAUCUUUAUAUUGAGACAAUAAGAAAUCUCAUAUACAGAUACCUAUCUGUUCUUUUCCUGCAGGAAUUUUCAGAAUGGGGUCAGUAGACUGAACAGCGAGCAAACAAACAAUUUAAACUCUGAUAUGGAUUUAUCACUAGUCUUCUGUGAUCAAUUUCUUUCUUCAUAAGAGAUGCCAAGAAGACAGGAAAUUGUUCAGUUUCCUGGUACGCACGCACCCUGUAAAAAAUGAAUAAACAGAGUAGAAUAGGUUGCUUGUAAUUGCUCCCAAAUUUAUUUCUUUAUCCAAAGAGAUAUGUAUAUCGAGAAUGCGGAACAAUUUCUCCAAUGAGUCUUAUGCUUAAGAUAGAUGCACCUUUA